AUGACCAGUAUAGAUGCGGCUCCCCUCAAGGCCGAGUCCUCUCUCUCCUUCACUCAAGGCCUCCUCCUCGGCCAGCUCUCCAUCGCGAUCCUCAUCGGCGCCUUCAUCAAAUUCUUCAUCUUCGGCGACCCUCCCUCCCCCGAUGUAACAGCCGCCCUCCGAGCCACCGAGCGCCGCUCCCGAACCCUCGCCCACAAACGCUCCCUCCUCACCCUCAAGCCCCUAAGCAAGAAGCGCUCCAGCGUCCUGCGAGUCCCGCCGCCCCUUACCACGACGACAAUACUGAGCAAGACGUACUAUAAUGUGGACAGUCACCAGCCGGAGAGUCUGGAUUGGUUCAAUGUGCUGAUUGCGCAAACUAUUGCCCAGUUCCGCAGUGAUGCGCAAUAUGACGAUGCUAUUUUGACUUCUCUUACAAAGGCCCUGAAUGGAUCCUCACGGCCGGAUUUCUUGGACGAGAUUAAAGUCACGGAGAUUAGUCUGGGAGAGGAUUUUCCUAUAUUUAGUAACUGUAGGGUCAUCCCGGUGGAUGAGGAUGGGCUGAGUCUGGGGACGGCUGAGAGAGGGGCUGCAGGGAUGGAUCAGGGACGUUUGCAGGCGAGGAUGGAUGUUGAUUUGAGUGAUUUUAUUACAUUGGCUUUGGAGACGAAGCUGCUGCUUAAUUAUCCGAAGCCUCUGGUUGCAGUCUUGCCUGUUGCGCUGGCUGUCUCGGUGGUUAGGUUCAGUGGCACGCUGUCUAUCUCUUUCGUGCCCGGGAGUCCAAUGAAUGCUACGAUGUUGGCGUUUAGCUUCCUGGAUGAUUACAGACUGGAUUUGUCGAUUAGGAGUUUGGUAGGGAGCAGGUCAAGACUACAGGAUGUGCCAAAGAUUGCUCAAUUGGUGGAGGCAAGGCUGCAUACUUGGUUCGACGAGAGAUGUGUUGAGCCAAGGUUCCAGCAGAUUGAGUUGCCGAGUCUAUGGCCUAGGAAGAAGAAUACCAGAGGGGGCGAUGAUGGGGGUUCAGAACCAGCUUCUAUAAGUAGGGCUAAAGGGAAGGAGAUGAAGAAAGAUUUGAGGGACGAGGCGAGGAGAGAGGUAGAAGCUGAGGCUGAGGCUAAAGCUAGAUCGGAACUGGAGAGAGUAGAGCAAGAAAGCUUGAGGUGGCGAAGGAGAGCUAGGGGAGAGGAAUAUGCUAUGCCUGGAAGCAUGCCCGGGUUGAAUAUGAAUAUUACAUGA